CGAGGGAGCCAGACCGUGUUCGGCGCGUGUCGACUCACCGCCGCGAGUACGGAGUCGAGAUUUGAACGGCGUACUCGACCUCAUAACGUCUCUUCACAGCCGCAUCUUGUUCCGUCUCCGAUGGCGGCGUCCAGGCACCCAGAAAUCGGACGAGGCGCAGCAGCAUUCCCAUCGUCUUCGCUUGAACAAAGCCAGAUUCCACUUGUUCAUCCGUGAGCGAGACUCGCUAUAAGCUUCCAGAAAAGAAACCAUGGCUUCGAAUUCGAAUAAUGCGAACUCGGCUUCUCCAUCGACCUCGACGUCGACGCCGUCGACGCCGCCGGCGACGGCGUCGUCGAGCGGGAAACGCAGCAGGGACCCCGACGACGAGGUUUACCUCGACAAUUUGUACUCUCACAAGCGCUAUCUCAGCGAGAUGAUGGCUUCCAGCUUAAAUGGAUUGACCGUCGGGGACACCCUCGGCGAAAACUAUAUGGAUUCUCCUGCUAGAUCUGAUAGCAUGUUUUAUUUUAGGGAUGACAUGUCCUCACAGUAUUCACCAAUGUCAGAAGAUUCUGAUGACUCCCGAUUCUGUGAAAUCCCGAUAAAUGCUUGUUCAUCCCAGUCUGACAGCCUCCCAACUAGUCCAGUUUCUCCUUAUAGAUGUCAGAGACCAUUUGGUGGCCCAUCAUCUGCUACUCCUAUAGCUUCAUCCCCUUCAUAUAGUCAUAACCUUGUGGCACCCACAUCGUCGCAGACCCGCCAGCGAGGCUCAGAUUCUGAGGGCCGAUUCCCCUCGUCUCCCAGCGACAUAUGCCACUCAGCUGAUUUGAGAAGAGCUGCACUCCUCCGCUCCGUGCAGAUGAGAACACAACCUGCUCCCAUUUGUCCGUAUGAAUCACCUUUUGCUUCGGGGCAGGAGGCUGUGCCCAAUAUGGAAUCUGAAGAUGUGAAGUCUCUAUCCGAUGAAAAGGACUAUCAUAUAGAGGAGUGUCCUUCAAGUGGUGCCUCUUCUUCUGAUUUCAUUGAAGAAAAAACAUGCGGAACACCAAAUUCAAUUACUGGAAAGGGUUGAAUCUGGGAUGUAGAAGCUUGAGCAUGAGUUAGAGAGGCAGAGUCGAUGUUUGUUUUGGAGAUCCAUCUGGACAAAUAAUACGAACAUGGCGAGGGUAAGGGGUGUAACGGCUAUCCCCAAGAGAUAUAUGAUUAGUCAUGUGGCACACUUCGAGUGUUUUUAGCUAUCUAAGUUCGAUACCGAUUUUUGAGGGGCCGACUUGCUGGUGGGUUUCCUGGUAUGACUUGCCUUUCUAAUGUGAUUUCUGAGGACAGGAAUCAUUAGGCAAAAGUUUAUUAUCAUGAUAUCGGGGUUGAUAGGUGAUCUCGGCAGCAAGAUAGCUAGUGAGUUGGCAAGAUUCCUUGGAUUGAGAGCAUGGUCCAUCCACGCGUCUUUGAAUCUGUUUGGUUUGCUGAGAAAAGUCAAAAGGCAACUUUUGAUCAGGUUCUCUUACGUGUCAUGACCUUUUGUACUUUUCAAAUAGAUCUUCAGAUGAAUGUCACAUGAUCAUCUCUUAUUAUUGAGUGCGGUAUCUCUCUGGUAAAACAGACGCCAGCGUGAAGAAAGAGAAUCUCCUUUGCAUUUUGCUGUGGCAAGAACCAUUGCCAUGUUUGUUUUUCUAUUGUUAAGUUGUUGCUUUUAUCAUAAUAUGUCACUCUAGCUUAUGACUUUUUGCCUCUUCAGAGAAGUAGGUAAUGCUUUAUUGGCAUCUACAGAUACAAACUGGGAAUGGAGGUGAGCCUGUAAGCUGUAAGCUACUGUUAUUUGGUUCUUUGAUCUUACUUACAUUCUCUUGAUUUUUAAGGAAAACAUCUGCAGUUGUAUGUAUUAGGAACAGGAUUAAUUGUUUUGGCAUAGAACAGGACUUAAGGUUUGUUUGACACCAUCUACCGCUAAUCUUGCGGCAGACAGUUGCACUGAUCCUUAAGUUGAAUAUUUGUUGUUAUGAA